AUGGAUCGCUUUUGGAGUGCGCCUCCUGUUAGCAGGACUAUCGUUGCUGUAAUGGGAAUUGAAUCCCUCCUGGUCAUCGGCGGGAUCAUGCCAAUAUACUGGGUCCAUUUCGAGCCGUCGUUGAUGUGGAAACUUCCGCCUCACGUCUGGCGGCUUGCGAGCUCGUUUCUUUUGACUGGAGGAGGUCUGAGUUUCAUCUUCGACCUGUACUUCACCUGGAUAUAUGGCACUGGCCUCGAGCUCAAUUCGCCUCGCUUCAGUCAGCCUGGAGAUUUCUUCGUCUACGUUGUCUUCAAUAUGCUUGUCAUCUUGGCUACGGCAGGGUUUCUUUUGAAGGCAUACAUCUUCACAUCGGCGUUGAUCAUGGCUUUCAUCUAUACUUUCUCUCAAGACAACCGUGGGACCAAAGCGCACUUUGUGAUCUUUCAAAUACCUGUCGAGCUGCUGCCGUGGGCGACUCUUGCGCUAACGCUGGUACUCGCCGGUCCAGGGUCAGCAGCCGUGCAAGGCAUGGGCAUCAUCUCCGCACAUCUUUAUGACUUUCUCACCCGCUUGUAUCCCACAUUUCAAGGUGGGAGCAAUUGGGUUCAGACUCCUAUGUUCGUGAAGCGAGCGUUCGGGGCUGAUCGCACCUCUUUCGCCCACAAGAAAUAUGGGACAAGCGUGCGUCCGGGGCAGCCAAUACCUCAACAGCAGAGUAGAGGGUGGACGAGCGGCUUCUCAGGUGGGGGUUGGUCUGGAAGAGGUCAAGGCCACCGCCUGGGGAAUGGUUAG